UAUUAACUUACUCAAGAUGCAUGUUGAUUGAAGCAGAUCUCUUGCAGAAGGUGGAUAUCCAAUUUGUCGAUAAAAUUCAAAAACACAAUUCAUAGGCUGCUCUUCCAAUUUGUGAAGAUGAAAUUAAAGAAAUGGAACCAAUUGUUUUUCAUACUCCUGCAAUUUAUAAUACUAAAGUAAAAAUUCAUAAUUGGCAAAUGCAUACAUUAGCAGAACCCAGAGAUAACAAAGAGAUAUUUCCACCGAAAGGGAAUCUCCAUUUAUCAUCGUAUAAAAGAUUGGGUCCAGGAGAUAUUUGUACAGGAAUUUCAGAAACACAAGCCAUGUUAUCACAAAUAGAAUUAAAAGAUCAAUAUGAACCAAUUAUUCCGCAUCGUGUUUUACAUAAAAUGAAGAAACUUGUAGAAGAGGUGCCUGAAGAAGAAGAACCUACGUUAACAGAUAUAUUGUACGAUGCCGAAGAAGCUCGUAGGAUGGAUUAUCGUACGACAUCAGAAUGUCAUUACAGAUUACCCUAUCCCAUGAAACCUAGAGCAUUACCACGACCACCAGAACCGGAACCAUGGUUGUUGCAUCGACGAACUAUUGGAUACAGUCUGGAAGAAUUGGAAAGGCGAAAGGGGAUAAACGUGUUUCUGGAUGAUAACAUGGAACUCCAUCAACAGGUCGCAAAUAUAAAAUCAAAAAAGCAUAAAUUGCAUUCAUUUCGAGAUUAUAGUUUUCCAGAAAACAAUUAUGUCGAUGAAAAAGAGUGCACUCGACGAGUUACUGAUAAGAUUGAAGAAGAAGAACCCACUGAUCAAAUCGAAAAGGUUAAUGAACAGAUUGAUUCUUCUGAUGUGAAAGAGUGCAGUCAACAAAUUACUAGUCAGAUUCAGCAAGUUACCGAUUCUCCUGAUGUAAAAGAAUUACUGGUGAUUCAAGAAACUACUGAUUCCUCUAAAGUGAAAGAGUGCGAUCUAGAAAUUACUGAUCAAGUUCACGAAGCUAAUGAUUCUUCUGAUAUAAAAGAGUGCAAUGAGCAAAUUACUGGACAAAUUCAAGAAGUUAUUGAUUCUUCUAACAUAGAACAAAGCAAUCCACAAAUUACCGAUCAGACUCGAGAAGCUACUGAUUCUUCUAAUGUAGAACAAACCAAUCCACAAAUUACCGAUCAGAUUCAAGAGACUACUGAUUCUUCUAAUGUAGAACAAAGCAAUCUACACAUUGUUGAUCAGACUCGAAAAGCUAAGGAUUAUAUUGUGAAAGGGUGUAAAAUGGAUGUAAUGGAUGAAAUGUAG